AUGAAUGAAUUUGAUCCGGCCCAUCCGUACAAUGAUGAUAACGACGAAGACGAUUUGUUCGUGAGUAAAAUGUACCAGUAUUACACAGAUAGCCUACUACAGCCAGAUCCAGCUCCACUACUCACACGACGUGCGACGUUAAAUAGAGAUCAUGAGGAAGGGCAUCAGCGGCUAGUUAACGAUUACUUUGCGGAAAAUUGUGUCUACCAGCCAAACGAUUUCAAAAGAAGAUUUCGUUUGCGAAAAAAAUGUCUUCGAAAGGAUAGCCAACACUAUGGAAGCAGGGUAUCAUAUGAAUUUUUCCAAAUGAGAUAUGAUGCUAGAGGCAAACGAGGCUUCACAGGGUUGCAAAAAUGUGUUGUUGCAAUUAAACUUAUGGCAAUGGGGGAGUCACCCGAUUCUGAUGACGAUUAUAUGAGAAUGUCUGAGAUGACCGUACGAGAAAGUUUGUAUUUAUUGGCAAGAGGUGUUGUCGAAACAUUCGGUGACCAAUACUUGCGCAAACCUUCGUUGCAUGAUAUGCAACAAUUAUAUGCGGUGCAUGAAGAAAGACAUGGUUUUCCGGGAAAAGCCCCGGAUGCUCCUUUCACAGUGAAUGGAAAUGAAUAUAAGUUCGGGUAUUACCUUACAGACGGAAUAUAUCCACAAUAUUCUAUGUUUGUGAAGGCGUUUCGACACCCAAUAGAUCCAAGGGACAAAUAUUUCAAGAGGCAAGAAGGAGCACGUAAGGAUGUUGAACGUGCUUUUUGGGUUAUGAAAUCAAAAUGGCGCAUUGUUGAACUUGCGGCGAGACCUUAUGAGUUAGAUACUCUACGAUAUAUCAUGUAUGCAUGUAUCAUAAUGCAUAACAUGGUUGUUGAAGAUAAAGGACACAAUAUUGCAACGUAUUCUCCUACGGAACCAAAACAUGUGCAAUUUCAACCAGGGACAUUAGAAUAUUUACAUAGAGUGGUUAAUAUUCAAGAUCAGCGAAAACACAAACAACUCCGUGAAGACUUGGCGGAUUACAUUUAUGUUGGUCACGAAGAUGAAGAUGAAUAG